AUGUCUCGACCAGCGCUGUUGGCGCCAGUCAACGCUACCACGCCGCAUCGACGCCGCAGCCAUCUCCCGACCGCCUUGCUGAAGGGCAAAGAGGGGAUGGCGUCUGGGACCACUUAUUGUGUUUGUGGACAGCCGUAUGAUCCCAGACAAUUUAUGAUACAGUGUGAUAGUUGUCGAGAAUGGUAUCAUGGGAGUUGUGUUAAGGUGCAAGAAGUUAUAUCUAAAGAGUUGGACCGAUACCAUUGCCCAGCAUGCGCUCCAACCUUUGGGCCAAGUCGCUGUAAACCAAGAACCAACUGGCAUCGUCAAAAUGCCAGUGAACCAGAUGCAGAGAAUAAGCCUGUUCAAACUGGCACACCUGUUUUUGUGGACGAGUUGAAAUCAAGACAUUUUGCUGUCCCUGAUGAUAUCAUUAUACACCUCCCUGGGGAACAGUUAACUGUUCAGUAUUUACAAGAACAUGGUUUUGAGAGACCAAUUCUUAUCAACACCCCUGAAGGGUUGGAUAUGUCUGUACCUAGUGAUGACUUCACUGUUCGGGAUGUAGCUCAUUUUAUUGAUUACUAUUUGAAUCCUCAAAGACUUAAAAUUUUGAAUGUAAUAAGUUUGGAGUUUACAAAUACAAGAUUGGCAACAAUUGUGGAAGCUCCUUAUAUUGCCCGAAAAUUGGACUGGGUAAAUUAUGUCUGGCCUGAGGAAUUGCCAGAAACGGCAGCAUUUCAAAAACCUGAGGUGCAAAAGUAUUGCCUCAUGGGAGUUAAGGAUUCAUAUACCGACUUUCAUGUUGAUUUUGGUGGAUCCUCAGUAUGGUAUCAUAUUUUAAAGGGUGAGAAGAUUUUUUAUCUGAUUAAACCAACACCAGCUAAUUUGUCCUUGUAUCAAAGAUGGAUGACAUCCAGUUCACGAAGUGAAACAUUUUUUGGUGAUCAGGUUGACGAGUGUUACAAAUGUGUAAUGCAAGAAGGGCAGACCAUGAUGAUACCUACUGGUUGGAUCCAUGCUGUACUCACACCUAUAGAUUCUUUGGUGUUCGGAGGAAAUUUUUUGCACAGCCUUAAUAUUCCUAUGCAAUUGCAGAUUUAUGAAAUUGAAAAGAAAAUAAGAACUCCCGGCAAAUUUUGUUUUCCUGCUUUUGAAACUACCAACUGGUAUGCUGCUCGAGCAUUAUUGGAAGAAAUGAGAGAGUUAAAUAAUCAAGGCAGGAUGUUGCCUAGUUAUCUCUUGAUAGGAGUAAAGGCUCUCAUUUUAACGCUGAAGCAGUGGAAUCAAGAUAAAGAUUUUAAUAAGAGUAGGAGAGAACAAAUUCCAGAGGACAUAGAAGGCCCGAAGUUACUGAAAGAUUUAAGUAAGGAAGUGCGACAUGCUGAAAGAUUUUUGAACUCUUUGAAUCCUCCGAAACCAGAACGAGAGUCUAAGCGUAAGAAGAAAAAGCCUGUUAACGCUGAUUUUGUUGAUUUUACUGAACCUCAGAAUAUGGCAGAUCCUUACGAUACUCCUGCGCCUUUGAAAUUAACUAUUAGAACUGUGCCCAAAACAGUCAGGAAAGCUGCAGCAUCACCUAGUGUGCCAUCUAGACCACCGUUAAAAUUAACUCUGCCAAAGCCUGCUACAUACCCAUAUAGUACUAAUGUUUUGGCAGACGAAGCAAACAAUAAAAAUUUGAAACAAGAGAAUGCUGUUUUAAGUGAAAACAUAGAUAAGAUUCCCAAGAAACCUUGGUCAUCUCUUCUUGGAGACCAAAGCCUUCUGAAGAACAAGCACAACGAACUGAAACUGAGUUCUAAAAAUGCUGGACAUCCUGUAAAGAAUGAAUCUAUAUAUGACUUUCACGAUGAAAGCGAUGAUGAGAAAAUGGUUUUUCCAAAAUCUCGACUUGGUGGGGAUGAUGGAAAUGAUGAUGAUGAUGAUGAUGAUUCUGGUGAUCGUCUUAUGAUUGAUGAGAAACCUAAAAAGAGGAUUGCCAAAAUCAACCCCUUUCGAAUGAAAAUGGCAUUAAUAUCGGAAGGACCAAAAAAUGGUAUAGAUGAACUUUUAAAAGCAUCAGGAUACACUGUGGGUGAUGCUGGAGACCCAAAUAUGAGAUUAGAUGAUAUAGAAUCAGUACAAGCAUCGCCUUCAACCAAAGAAGCUAUUGCUGGGAUGCUGUCCAUGUCAAUGUCCAUAGGUGACACGAAUAGUUCGGAAGAUUCAUCGCCCAAAUCAAGAAGCAAGAGGGCGCAAUUUUCAGAUGAUUAUGGAGAAAAUAUUGAUAAAGUGCAUCAGGAUGAGGACUACAUUUACCCUACUUUAGAUGCAUCUGAUGAUGAAGAUGUUAUAUUCAAACCUCGAGGGAGGCGUAAGUUAGAUGAGGCCUGGAGCCCAAAAGCACGUGUUGGUCCUCUAGUUCCUAAAACUGACAGACCUACCCGAGAAGGUACAAAAAAGCAGUCGGUUGAAAAAGGUCUUGAAGCUGCUGCUGCAAAACGAGCAGGUUUGCCUGCACCAAAACGUCCUUAUAAUAGGAAAAAAAUACGUCCUCCAAAUGAAAUUCUUGCUGCACCCUCCGUAUCAAGUGGAGAAGCACCAUCACCGAAGAAGCUUGAUCCCAAAUUGUUUUUAUAUAUUUUACUUUGUGAAAUUUUUCGAAAAUAUUCAUUUUCGAGGUUUUUGAUUCAGAUUUUUGUAAACUGGGUCUCAAAAGUGUCAUAUUUCAAGGAAUCUUUUCUCAUUUCUUUUGCCAUUUAUGAGAAAAGGGACUUCAUCUUAAAAUUUGGAUUUAAACUGUUUAAAGAUUUAAUGUUUGAAACUUUAAAUGAGUAA